UCUGAAUAUGAAGAGCUUUGUAAACCUGGGCUCAACUCGAUCGACUUGAAAUUGGCAUCGACUAUGGGCCAUGGAAGACAGUGAGAUGGAACCGUCCAUCAUGUCCAUAAGUUUAUAGGUUUUUUGGACCAAAAAACAAUGAACCAAACUUUAGAAAAAGCAAAAGAAAGGAUAAAACAGAAAAGAAAAAGGUCUCAAUUAAUGGCUGGUUUUCAUUGCUUUUAAGUUUGACCACAACCUCAAGCCUGUAUUUCCGAUUCGUCUAAACUAACAGUCUAAGGUGAAAAGAUCCUGUCUGUAUUUUUAUUACUGCUUUUGAAGCAUCUCCUCUCUAUUUCUCUCCGCUCAAUUUGUAAGUUUUUGUUGCCACAUAUAUCAAUUCAAGAACAAAGAAACUGAGCAUUCAAUGAGGAAGUUUUCUUUCUACAAUGUUCUUUUCACUGCCGAAGCUUAAGCCCUGAAAUUUAGGCCUCUGGAUUUAGCAAAUUUUAGCUAUAUGGUGGUAUUGGUACACUACAUCAUUGACUCGUGGAAAAACUUCAUAUGGGUCUGUAAUUUUAUGAGUAAGGGAGAACAGACAUUUGGAAGUUCUUUGAAGUGAUUAUGUGAUAUUGUAGUAGCUGCAGAGUACUAUUAGUUGGAUAUAGUUUAACCAUACUCUCUUUGUUUCCCACAUGGCCUCAAAAACUGUCACUAGACCUUUUCCAGAACGGGAAAUAGAAGCUCCUGGUUCUAAGCAAGCAAUAUUAGCAAAAAGUCAUAAAAAUAUUCCUUCUCAGGUCUCAAAUACAAGCAAGCCUGAGCUGGCUAAUCCUGAACAUCCAGCAGGACUAAUUAAUGUGACAGGGUUGCCAGUGCCUGUUGGAGCUGUAAACCCUGCAAGAUCUCCUAAUAAUUCUAAUGGAUUUGGUGAUACGGAUAGUCCUGCUAAUCAAGAAAAAAGAAUGUCGGAGCAAGAGAGUGUAAAGAGCAGUUCAUUUUCCGUAAAGAUUAGUGAUGGAGCCAGCAGUCUUGCAAAUAUGGGCGGAAGUGCAAAAAUUAGUGAUCUCGGGAACUUUUUCGAGAGUGGAAAGAGUAGUAUGUGUCGAGGAAGCACGAGUACUGAUGUUAGUGAUGAAAGCAGUUUUAGCAGUUUCAGUAGCAGUAUCACCAAACCCCAUAAAGCAAAUGAUUUGCGAUGGGAAGCCAUCCAAGCGAUCCGAGCCCGGGAUGGUGUCUUGGGUUUGAGUCAUUUCAGAUUGCUGAAGAGAUUAGGUUGUGGAGAUAUUGGGAGUGUUUACUUGGCCGAAUUGAGAGGAACAAAUUGUUAUUUUGCAAUGAAAGUUAUGGAUAAGGCAUCUCUAGCAAGUCGUAAGAAGCUUCUUCGUGCUCAGACGGAAAGAGAGAUACUGCAGUCCCUUGAUCAUCCAUUCCUUCCAACUCUAUAUGCACAUUUUGAGACUGAUAAGUUUUCGUGUCUGGUGAUGGAAUUUUGCCCCGGAGGAGACCUGCACUCUCUUAGACAAAGACAACCCGGAAAAUACUUUUCUGAACAAGUUGUGAAAUUUUAUGUUGCAGAAGUCCUGCUUGCUAUGGAAUAUUUACACAUGCUCGGGAUUGUCUAUCGUGACCUUAAGCCAGAGAAUAUCCUGGUGAGGGACGAUGGGCACAUAAUGCUCUCAGACUUUGACCUUUCACUUUGCUGCGAUGUUAGUCCCUCACUGGUCAAGACCUCGUCCUUGGAGUCGGAACCCGUGCAAAAAAAUUCUGGAUAUUGCAUCCAGCCGGCGUGCAUUGAACCUGCCUGCAUUCAGCCAUCGUGUGUUGUUCCAACAACGUGCUUCUCUCCUCGUCUCUUUUUGAGCAAAUCUAAAAAGGAUAGGAAGCCAAAACACGAAAUUGGAAACCAAGUUACUCCAUUGCCCGAGCUGAUUGCUGAACCAACCAAUGCUCGGUCGAUGUCUUUUGUAGGAACUCACGAGUAUCUGGCGCCCGAGAUUAUAAAAAAUGAAGGUCAUGGAAGUCCAGUUGACUGGUGGACAUUCGGGAUCUUUCUAUAUGAACUUUUGUUUGGUAAAACUCCAUUUAAAGGUCCUAAUAACCGGGCGACAUUAUUCAACGUUGUUGGACAGCCUCUUCGAUUCCCAGAAUCACCCAUCGUCAGUUUUGCUGCUCGUGAUCUAAUUAGGGGUUUGCUCGUGAAAGAACCACAUAAUAGGUUGGCUUAUAAAAGAGGUGCCACCGAGAUUAAGCAACACCCUUUCUUCGAAGGAGUGAAUUGGGCAUUGAUACGAUGUGCCACACCUCCUGAGAUCCCAAAGCCUGUAGAAUUCGAGAAAUUAACCAUUCCAGCAGUGUCAGUCAAUGAAAAGGCUACUGUUGCUGCAAAUAUCCCAGAUCAAAAAGCCUAUAAAUAUCUCGAGUUCGACUUUUUCUAGGUAAUAUUAGUAUUUUCGGAAUUUGUUUCAAGUUCGUGGGGAUAACUUUUCUGGACAAUCAAGGAUAUUGAUGAUCAUUUUGGUGGGAUUCCUGUUAAAUGGUAGAUUGUGAAAAGUUGUACAUUUCUUGUUGCUGUCUGUAACACUUCCUGACCUUUGAAUUGUACUAUUUAUAAUUUUUAUAAUUUCUAGGGGAAGUGUUCUUAAAUUCGAAACAUUGUAGGACCAAAUUUAGAUGAGCCCCCAAAUUUGUAGCCUUUAUGCGUUUGUAUGCUUGUUUGUGAGCUGACAUUUGAACCAGAAAUAGCAGCAUUGUCCAUUAUGUUUCG